AUCGUCGCCAAGCGCGUCCUCGCCGCGAGCCGCUAAUCGUCCGCCGCUCCCGUUACCGGGGCAACCGCGGCGCCUCCUCCGUGUCGGUCCCGAUCGUCCCUCCGCGCCAUUUUCAAACUGCUCUAGCGCCGGAGCCCGUGCCUGGGCGGAAGGAGAUAGUGGGGGACUCGAGGCCUGAGGGCAAUGCGGCUGGAGGCGGAGGGAACGCCGGCUGGAGCUGCGGACUUUAAUUUUUGGAAGUGAAUAAAACUUGUUUUGGAAGACAAGAUGACUACAGCUGUAGAAAGAAAGUAUAUUAAUAUUAGGAAAAGACUGGAUCAGCUGGGAUACCGCCAGACUCUGACAGUGGAGUGUUUACCUUUGGUAGAAAAACUUUUCAGCGACUUAGUUCAUACAACUGAGAGCCUUCGGCUAUCAAAAUUAUCUGCUGUGAAAGCUGAAAAAGAAAGUGCCAAUUUUGAUUUUAUUUUGGAACCCUAUAAACUUGAAAAUGCAAGAUUGAGUAGAGAAAAUAAUGAAUUAUACCUAGAGUUAAUGAAACUGAGAGAACAUUCAGACCAACACGUUAAAGAGUUGAAAACUUCAUUGAAGAAAUGUGCACGUGAAACAGCUGAUCUGAAAUUUCUAAAUAACCAAUAUGUUCAUAAACUCAAACUGUUGGAGAAAGAGAGCAAAGCUAAAAAUGAAAGAAUUCAACAACUUCAAGAAAAGAAUUUGCAUGCUAUAGUACAAACUCCAGGUGGCAAGAAAAGAAGUAUUGCUUUCAGGCGCCAGCGUAUGCAAAUUGAUGAACCGGUUCCUCCCUCUGAAGUCAGUUCAUAUCCAGUUCCUCAACCAGAUGACCCUUACAUUGCAGACCUCCUACAAGUGGCUGAUAACAGGAUUCAAGAACUUCAACAGGAAGUCCACCAGCUACAAGAAAAGUUAGCAAUGAUGGAAAGUGGGGUGAGAGACUAUAGCAAGCAGAUUGAGCUAAGAGAACGAGAGAUAGAACGACUGUCAGUUGCUUUGGAUGGUGGUCGGUCCCCUGAUGUCCUCUCUCUGGAGUCUAGAAACAAAACCAAUGAAAAGCUUAUUGCUCAUUUAAAUAUUCAGGUUGACUUUCUUCAGCAAGCUAAUAAAGACCUGGAGAAGCGUAUACGAGAGCUUAUGGAAACCAAGGAAACAGUGACAUCUGAAGUCGUUAAUUUAAGUAACAAAAAUGAAAAACUCUGCCAAGAAUUAACUGAAAUAGAUCAGUUAGCACAGCAGUUGGAAAGACGUAAAGAAGAAGUGCUUGAGACUGCUGAUAAAGAGCUUGGGGAAGCAAAGAAAGAGAUUAAAAGAAAGCUCUCUGAAAUGCGGGAUCUUGAAGAAACAAUGGCAAAACUUCAACUGGAAUUGAACUUAUGCCAGAAAGAAAAGGAGAGACUGAGUGAUGAACUCCUUGUAAAAUCAGACCUAGAAACUGUUGUUCAUCAGCUUGAACAAGAAAAGCAAAGACUUAGCAAAAAAGUUGAAAGUUUUGCAGUUACAGAACGACAACUUACUCUGGAAGUUGAGAGGAUGAGACUAGAACAUGGAAUAAAACGUCGAGACAGGUCACCUUCUCGUUUAGAUACGUUUCUGAAAGGUAUAGAAGAAGAACGAGAUUAUUAUAAGAAAGAGCUAGAGAGACUCCAACAUAUAAUACAGCGAAGAUCUUGCUCUACAAGUUAUAGCACACGUGAAAAAAGUUCAACAUUUAGAACAUCAGAAAAGGGUGAUUACAAUUCAGAAAUUCAUCAGAUCACAAGAGAAAGAGAUGAACUUCAGCGUAUGCUAGAAAGAUUUGAAAAAUAUAUGGAGGAUAUACAGUCCAAUGUUAAAUUAUUGACAGCAGAAAGAGAUAAACUAAGUGUCUUAUAUAAUGAAGCUCAGGAAGAAUUAUCUGCCCUAAGAAAGGAAUCCACCCAAACCACAGCACCCCAUAAUAUUGUUAGUCUUAUGGAAAAGGAAAAAGAACUUGCGUUAUCUGACUUAAGAAGAAUUAUGGCAGAAAAGGAAGCUUUAAGAGAAAAAUUAGAGCAUAUUGAAGAAAUGAAUCUUUUUGGAAAAUCAGAAUUAGAGAAAACUAUUGAACAUUUGACAUGUGUUAAUCAUCAGCUUGAAAGCGAAAAAUAUGAAUUAAAGUCUAAAGUGUUAAUAAUGAAAGAAACAAUAGAGUCGUUAGAGAACAAAUUAAAAGUCCAAGCUCAAAAAUUUAGCCAUGUGGCUGGUGACUCAUCUCAUCAGAAAACAGAGGUGAACUCACUUAGGAUAGUAAAUGAGCAGCUACAGCGGUCAGUUGAUGACUGUCAGCACCGACUUUCCAUAAAAAGAGGUGAACUUGAAUCAGCCCAAGCACAAAUUAAAAUACUGGAGGAAAAGAUAGAUGAACUAAACCUUAAGAUGACUUCACAGGAUGAGGAGGCUCAUGUAAUGAAAAAGACCAUUGGUGUUAUUGAUAAAGAAAAAGACCUUCUCCAGGAGACUGUAGAUGAGAAGACAGAAGAGAUUGCAAAUUUGCAAGAAAACCUAGCUAAUAAAGAAAAAGCUGUUGCUCAAAUGAAGAUAAUGAUCUCAGAGUGUGAAUCGUCUGUGAACCAGCUGAAAGAAACAUUGGUUAAUCGAGAUCGUGAGAUAAACAGCCUCCGGCGCCAGCUUGAUGCAGCUCACAAGGAACUCGAUGAAGCAGGAAGAUCUAGAGAAAUCGCUUUUAAGGAAAACAGAAGAUUGCAAGAUGACCUGGCUACAAUGGCAAGAGAAAACCAAGAAAUCUCAUUGGAAUUGGAAGCAGCAGUGCAAGAAAAAGAAGAAAUGAAGAGCAGAGUUCAUAAAUACAUAACAGAGGUGUCACGAUGGGAGAGCUUAAUGGCUGCCAAGGAAAAAGAAAAUCAAGAUUUGUUAGAUAGAUUUCAGAUGCUUCAUAACCGUGCUGAAGACUGGGAGGUCAAAGCCCAUCAAGCUGAGGGAGAAAGCAGCUCAGUUCGACUGGAACUUCUUUCCAUUGACACUGAGAGGAGACGUCUUCGAGAAAGAGUGGAGCUAUUAGAAAAAGAAAUUCAAGAGCACAUAAAUGCCCAUCAUGCUUACGAAUCGCAGAUCUCAUCAAUGGCAAAAGCCAUGUCUCGAUUAGAAGAAGAGCUGAGACAUCAAGAAGAUGAGAAAGCAACAGUAUUAAAUGACUUGUCAUCUCUUAAAGAACUUUGCAUUAAACUUGAUUCAGGCAAAGAUGUUAUGACCCAGCAAUUGAAUUCGAAAAACCUUGAGUUUGAGAGGGUUGUGGUGGAACUAGAAAAUGUAAAGUCAGAGUCAGACCUACUGAAAAAACAACUGUCAAAUGAGAGACAUACAGUUAAAAACCUUGAAUCAUUGUUGGCUACAAACAGAGAUAAAGAAUUUCAUUCUCACUUAACCUCCCGUGAGAAGGAUACAGAAAUCCAGCUACUUAAGGAGAAGUUAACCCUUUCCGAAAGCAAAUUAACUAGUCAAAGCCGGGAAAACACCAUGCUUCGAGCCAAAGUGGCGCAGGUACAAACAGAUUAUGAUGCUCUGAAAAGGCAGAUCUCAACUGAAAGAUACGAACGAGAACGAGCAAUCCAAGAGAUGCGUCGACAUGGUCUUGCUACACCACCCCUUAGUUCCACUCUGAGGUCUCCUUCACAUUCUCCUGAAAAUAUAAAUGUGUAAUAAUCAGAAAGAAUAAUGGCUUUCAAUGAGUUCCUAUGUGGAUUUUUAAAAGAACAGAAUAGUAAUGAAAUAUUUGAAGUACUUGUUGCUGAAAAUCAUGAACAUGGACACAAAUUCUACCUCUGUCAACUUUUAUUUAAAUCAGUGAAUAUGUUAAAAAGUUUGGUUUAAAAGAACUAUAUCUAUAUGUAUAUUUUCAUAUAUAUGACAGAACAAGAAUAUAUAUUAAUAGUGCCUAAUGUGUCUAUAUUUUUAUUAUUCAUGAAUUAAAUUACUAAAUGUAUGUUUAUACUGUGAAUUAAUGUAUUCACAUUAUUCUUUAAUAAUCUGUUUAUUAAUAAGCCAUGAUAUAUGUAUGUAAAUAUUCUUACAGUACUUGUUUUUAGUUGUCAUGCCUGUGUUUGGCCCAUAUCUUAAUAUAUUCACAAAGAAUUACCAACUUUGAUGCUAUGCUGUCAUGUUUAACUUUUUCUUCUUAAAAUUAUUCAUAGAUCUACUGUCUGUUGUCAAGGGGAAUAUAUUCAGGUCUAGUCUUCUUAUAAUAGCAGAGGUCUUGGUAAAAUAACUACCAUAUAUAAUAUGUUAUUGCCAUCUGGAAGAACUAUGAUGAGAAAGAUACAUUUAUAUAUUAUGUAAAAUUUUAACUAUCAUCACAUGGACUCUAUGUAACACAAAUUCUAUCAAAAGCAAACUAAAAGCUAUAUGCAGAGUUUUGUAUAAAACAAUAGAACAGAAAUUUGGGACAUUUUUCUAGGAAAUAAAAUUCCUCGGUGUAUUAAUUUAAGGUUUCAAAGUAUAAAAGUAUAUGGGGUAGGCCGGGUGCGGUGGCUCACGCCUGUAAUCCCAGCACUUUGGGAGGCCAAGGCGAGUGGAUUUCCUAAGGUAAGGAGUUUGAGACCAGCCUGGGCAAUGUGGUGAAACCCCGUCUCUACUAAAAAUACAAAAAUUAUUUGGGCUUGGUGGCGGGCACCUGUAAUCCCAGCUACUUGGGAGGCUGAGGCAGGAGAAUCACUUGAACCCGG